AUGGAAGAACAUAACAAAGAAACAAAGCAUAUAGGUGAAGAAGAAAUACGCAUAAAAUAUAAUGAGUUAUGUAAAAAAAUAGAACUAGGUAAUGACAAUAGCAAUAGUGAUGAUAUAAAAGAGAUGAAAAAAUUAUUAGUAGAUGCUCUUAUAAAAUAUAAAGCAAUAUUGUUUGGAGAAGUUGUUUUAAAAUCAAAAAACAAAUCAAAUUAUUAUGUUGCCACUGGUUUUCUAAAUAAUGCUAUAUCAGCAAAUAUUAUAUCUUUUUUAAUAUCCGAUUUAAUACUUUCAAAAAAGUUGGAAUUUGAUUAUUUAUUUGGGGCAUCAUAUAAAGGAAUACCUAUUGUAACAUUGACUAGUCAAUUUUUACUUAACACAAAUAAAUUUAAUAAUGUAUUUUAUUUAUAUGACAGGAAAGAGAAAAAAGACUAUGGAGAUGAAUCUGUUAUUAUAGGAAACUUAGAAAAAAAUAAUAGUAGUAAUACACAAGUUGAAAAAAAAAAAGUCAUAAUAAUUGAUGAUAUAUUUAGUUAUGGAACAGCUUUAACGGGAAUAAUUGAAAAAAUAAAAUCAUAUAACUAUUUACAAAUUGUUGCAUGUAUAAUUAUUCUUAACAGAAAUGAAUAUGAGAUUAAUGAAAAAAAUGAAAAAACUUAUCUUAAAGACAUAUUUGAACAAAAGUACAACAUUCCAAUAUAUAGCAUUCUUACUUACAAUGACGAUAUUUCACAUUUAAUUAAAUAG